CGGCCCGCUGCGUUAAUGGUUAGUGGCUUCCGCGCACGCGUGCUCAGCUUCCCACAGCAAACCCACCCAGCAGCCCCGACCGGAAACGCUUUGCAAACUCACAUCUUUGACUUCCGUCAGAGGCUCUGUGUGGGCGGAGUUUUGCGCGACCUCACUCUCUACUUCCGGGGCGCCGGCGACGCAGUAGCCGCCUCUCUUCCAGCUGCGACACCGCGAGUAUUCUUCGGCCGCCUACCUGCUCCUCUAUCUUUCUCUGCCUCGGCCAAAAACACCGCCAUGAACAAGAAGAAGAAGCCGUUCCUGGGCAUGCCCGCGCCGCUUGGCUAUGUACCCGGGCUGGGCCGGGGUGCCACUGGCUUUACCACCCGAUCAGACAUUGGGCCUGCCCGGGAUGCAAAUGAUCCUGUGGAUGAUCGACAUGCCCCACCAGGGAAGAGAACUGUGGGGGACCAGAUGAAGAAAAAUCAAGCUGCUGAUGACGAUGAUGAGGAUCUGAAUGAUACCAACUAUGAUGAGUUUAAUGGCUAUGCUGGGAGCCUCUUCUCAAGUGGGCCCUAUGAGAAAGAUGAUGAGGAAGCAGAUGCUAUUUAUGCAGCUCUGGAUAAACGGAUGGAUGAAAGAAGAAAAGAAAGGAGAGAACAAAGAGAGAAAGAAGAGAUUGAGAAAUACCGAAUGGAACGUCCCAAAAUCCAGCAGCAAUUUUCAGAUCUCAAGAGGAAGUUGGCAGAGGUCACAGAAGAAGAGUGGCUGAGCAUCCCAGAAGUUGGCGAUGCCAGAAACAAACGUCAACGGAACCCACGCUAUGAGAAGCUGACCCCUGUUCCUGACAGUUUCUUUGCCAAACAUUUACAGACUGGAGAGAACCAUACUUCUGUUGAUCCUCGACAAACUCAAUUUGGAGGUCUGAACACACCCUAUCCUGGUGGCCUGAACACUCCGUACCCUGGUGGAAUGACACCAGGAUUGAUGACACCUGGUACAGGGGAGCUGGACAUGAGAAAGAUUGGCCAAGCAAGAAACACCCUCAUGGACAUGAGGCUUAGCCAG